GCAUGCCAAAUAGGAUAAAAUGAUGAUGACAAUGGCAGCAGACUAUGGAUCAUCCGAAGGUCACUACGAUACUCCGUGGGAAUUCCUGGCGAGACCCAAUUCUGUGAGAUUCUCGACCGCCGAUGUUAGGCUAUCGACAAGUGCGGCCGGCGAUGCAAAGGUUUCUCCACAUGGCUCACCGUCACUCUGCUCGAGCUCCUCGUUCGUAAAUCAGCUCGUUCAAAUCGGAAAUUCAGCAGUCGACGCAAGACGGAAAGUGCCACGUGACGAGAGUAAACGUCGGAGGCCUAGCGACUCAGAAAUCUACAUGGAACAAAAUAUGAAUAGAGUUGAAGCGGAAAAAAGGCUUGAAAAUCGAAAUUUGGGGGACUAUUUGCUCAGAUCACGUGGUGAGGGGAGUGCUGCUUUAUCGUUACGGGCUACAAAAGGUGUUGUGCAUAUUAAAAUUGAGUGGAAUGGCGAGAAAUGGGUUAUUGGAGAAGGUCCCCUAUUCCGAUCGAUAAGCUCUGCCAUCUCAUUCUACCGACGUCAUCCACUUCCAAUACGUGGCGCCGAUCAUUUGGUGUUGAAAAAUCAAUUAAAACCUGUUUAGCUUGCUUUAUAAAAAGUCUCAAACAAAUUUUGGAAAAAUUACAUUUUUCGAAAAAAAAAAUUUUGUUUUGAAUUUUUAAAAAAUUUUCCAAAAAAAUUUUUUUUGUAUUAAAAAUUUAAUUUUCUUUCAAAAUCCUUACUAAUCAAACCCCGCCCACUUUUCUUGCUCCCGGGAGCCAUUUCCCUCCAAUUGAAACCUCGAAAAUUCCGGUUUUCUCUCGCUUUUUCCUAAAAAUUUUCUAGAAAAUUCAAACUUGUAAAUAUAUUUUUUAUUUUAUUUUGUGACGCUUUACGUGUAUUUUUCCAAAAAAAACCGCAGCAUUUGCCACUUUUUCUCAAUUUUUAAUUUGUUUUCUUGUUCUAAUAAAUAUUUUUUGUUCA